AAAAGAAUAUUAAACAAUUUUUUAAUGAAUUGAAGCRAUCUCAAUGUUUUUCUAUAAAAUGGAAAUAUUUGCAAAUAGUUUGAGAAGUACAAAAUUAAAAAAGCAGAAGUUAUAGCAUCUAUCUGAACUUGAACACUUUGCUGCAGAAGUUUUGCGAAAGAAAAACAAAUCAUAAUUUCCAUAAUUAGGUUCAAACAUUUGUACAGAAACAUAAAUCUAAAGUAUAAAGUAAAGARUACUAGUGUAUUUAAAAGUACCCCCAGUUCUCUGGGUGUAUGAAGAAGAUGGUGUCAUCUGUGAGGGUUGUGUUGGGGGGGCGGUGCUCUCUCUCAGACCCCUCCCGCCUCACAAAGCCCCUUCAAACACUGACCAGCAGCGAGCCGAGCUGCCGUCUGUCAGACAUUAAUCCACAGAACCAGCUCAUGUCCUGACCCCCCAGGACACACCACACAUCAGUCCGCUCAGCGAAGCGCUCAGCCGGCUGCGAGUCCCGAGGCGACCGGGCCGAACAUGCUGGAAAACGGGAGGAAGGUGUUGAAGGAGGGUCUGCUGGAGAAGCGGAGCGACGGGCUGCUGCAGCUGUGGAAGAAGAAGCACUGCGUCCUGACGGAGGACGGCGUGCUGCUGCUGCCGCCCAAGCAGCACGACCACCCGCAGCAGCAGCAGCAGCGUGGCGGCGGCGGAGGAGGAGGCGGAGGAGACACGGGCAAAGUCAAGGAGCUGCACUUCGCCAACAUGAAGACCGUGGACUGCGUGGAGCGGAAGGGCAAGUACGUCUACUUCACCGUGGUGAUGACGGAGGGGAAGGAGAUCGACUUCAGGUGCCCGCAGGACGAGGGCUGGAACGCGGAGAUCACCCUGCAGAUGGUCCAGUACAAGAACCGGCAGGCCAUCCUGGCCGUCAAGUCCACCCGGCAGAAGCAGCAGCUGCUCGUGGUGCAGAUGCCCGGCCACAAGACCGUCCGGAGCUCCCCGAACGUGGCGUGACCUCCUGCGGACACCUCCGCGGACAGAGGCGGUGAAAAUGACACUCGGCUGAGGAUAAAUCUGACCCUGGGUCUCAUCCCCCCACCCGCUGCUGCUCCACCCAGUUCCAUCCUUCAGGAGAAGACCGCUGUCRUGUUGUGAACUCCACAGACCGGCUCCUUGCUCCUGUCAGCACAGAGACUURCUUCACAAAAGACUGAUGGACUAAAAGCAUGUGAGAAAACAGCUGUAUUCCACCGUGCAAUGGGUUCGUCUCCUAUUUAUUAGACAUGUAUAUAUAUUUUUUAUAAACUUGUUCCGUCGUCGAUGAAUGUUCCGUGCGGAUGUUGUUAGAGUGGAACAGGAAGUACUUGGUCUGCAGGUUAGUCAGCUGAAAAUCCCCACUAAACAGAAACGUUUGCUGAAAGGUUACACAGCCURUAACCUCUGAGAAAUGUCAGUGACACCAGUGGACGGGUCCUUUCACUGACCUUUAACAAACAUUCUGCAAAUGUUCCCAUGUUUACUGAGAAGUCACAUAUCUGAGGAUGGUUGCUGUAGGUUAGUCAAACUGGUUUUAUAGUUUAUAAAAUGUGUCAUUGUCCGUGCUUUCAGUUUUUUCAACAGAGCCAAAGACUCAUUUGAUACAUUUUGCCCAGUGUUUCACCUCAUUAUAUAAAAAGUAAAUGAUGAAAUAUUUGCUCCAACAUAUAAAAAACAUUUGACAUGCUUGAUUAGUAAAUAGCUACAGUGUCUUUUAA